UGAAAUAUCCACAUUAGUGUGUGUGUGUGUGUGUGUAAAAACCCAACACCGCAGCCAUGUUCAGUAUUUUGCCUUCAGACGCCACAGUGAAAACAUGGGAGGUGUUCUUGGGCUUUGUUCUAUGGCGAGUUGGAUCCCCUGCCUUUGUGGCAGUGCUCCUUGCCUUCUGUGCAGAUGUUGCCCCAGUGGAAACAACUCCACUGUCACACGGCUGAUCUACUCCUUCUUCCUGCUGCUGGGAGUGGUCAUCGCCUGCAUCAUGCUCAUGCCCGGCAUGGAAGUGCAACUCAAGAAGAUUCCAGGCUUUUGUGAAGGCGGAAUGGGAUCCUCGAUCCCGGGCGUGAAAGGCCACGUGAACUGCGACGUGCUCGUGGGCUACAAGGCCGUGUACCGCGUGUGCUUUGGCAUGGCCAUGUUCUUCCUCCUCUUCUCUCUCAUCAUGAUCAAGGUUAGGAGCAGUCAAGAUCCACGAGCUUCUGUGCAUAACGGGUUUUGGUUCUUCAAGUUCGCUGCCGCCACUGCGAUUACCGUCGGAGCCUUCUUCAUUCCUGAGGGUCCUUUCACAACCGUGUGGUUCUACAUCGGCAUGGCUGGCGCUUUCUGUUUCAUUCUCAUUCAGCUGGUGCUUCUGAUUGACUUCGCUCACUCCUGGAAUGAGUCCUGGGUGGAGAAGAUGGAGGAGGGAAACUCUCGCUGCUGGUAUGCAGCUCUUCUGUCUGCCACAACCCUGAACUACGCUCUGUCCUUGGUGUGUGUGGUGAUGUUCUACGUCUACUACACCCAUACUGACGGCUGCACCGAGAACAAGGCCUUCAUCAGUGUCAACAUGCUGCUAUGUCUGGGAGCCUCCUUCAUGUCCAUCUUGCCCAAAAUUCAGGAGUCACAGCCCAGGUCUGGACUCCUACAGUCCUCCGUCGUCACGCUGUACACUAUGUAUCUGACUUGGUCUGCUAUGACUAAUGAGCCUGACCGCAAAUGCAACCCGAGCCUUCUUGGUAUUAUUGGCCUGAACAGCACCACCCCAGCCGGCAAGGGCCCCGUGGUUCAGUGGUGGGACGCCCAGGGCAUCGUGGGCUUGAUCCUGUUCCUGUUGUGUGUUUUCUAUUCCAGCAUCCGCAAUUCCAACAACGCUCAAGUCAACAAGCUGACGCUUACCAGCGACGAGUCUGCUCUGAUCGAGGACGGUCCAGCAGCGGAGAAUUUAGACAGCGAAGACAAUUCGGCUCGGGCCGUCGACAACGAGAAGGACGGCGUCACUUACAGCUACUCCUUCUUCCACUUCAUGCUCUUUCUGGCCUCUCUGUACAUCAUGAUGACUUUGACCAACUGGUACAGCCCCGACUCCAACCUCGAGGCGAUGACCAGCAAGUGGCCGUCGGUGUGGGUGAAGAUCUCGUCCAGCUGGAUCUGUAUCUCGCUAUACGUGUGGACCCUGGUGGCUCCGCUCGUCCUUACCAACCGCGACUUCGACUGAUGACUUGAGAAAGAAAAAGAAAGGCAGACCUUGCGCUUCAUCAUUGUGAAUAUCCACCUGUAAGCGAAGGUCGAGUCGGUUGGUAACUGUACAUAGCUGAAGCCGGUGCAUUCCUGUGUGGUUAACCUGUUUUUGUUUGCACGUAUAAUGUAGUGGUAUUUAUUUGUGCUGUAUUUUAGUGUAAGCGCUCAGAACAAAUUAAACACGAGUACUGACUAAUCCACGUGUACGUUUUCGCUCAGAAACGAAAUUCGAGUAACUCUGGUUCGACAGUACAUGUUGAACCAUUGGCCAUAAUUUAUUCAUUGACGCUAUAGGAACCACACGCGCAUCGUUUUGUGGACAUUUCCCGCAGAGCGCGCGUAAGAAUUCAGUAUUGCACAUUUAGCAAGUCUCAACGCUCAGCCUCUUGAUUGUGUUUUUCAUUCCUAAUCAACUGCACCGGAACCCCGACGUCGAGGAUUCUGAUCUCAUGUGAAAUACUGUUUUAUUAACAUCGGUGUUGCGUGUUUCCGUGCAUGGUAAUGAAUUCCCAGGCUUUUAGUUAGGACUGUAUAACGCCACAGUGCUCAUCCUUUUGCAACUUGCACAGAGUAGUCCAGUUUUAUUGUGUUUGAAAUAUUUUUUUGCACUGUUUCAUCGCUUUAUAAACUCACGAUAAGAUGAUACAUUUUGUCACGUGCUUCACUGCUAUGCCACGUGAAUGUUUUACCAGCCUGCUGGAGGUCAUGAUCUCAUAGUCUCUGUUAAGUAACAUUAUAGGCAUUGAUUCCUUGGUGUUUUUUUGUGUCCUUUUGACAAAUGCAUUGUAAUCUAUCUUGUCUUAAUUAUUAAAGGUUUAAAGCCCC